AUAAACUAAUGACUAAUUCUCUCAGUGGUUUGUCUAUAUAAAUAUAGUGCAGAUAAGAGAGAGCUGUAUCGUAGUAGUGUUCCAUUUUCAAGAAUACUUUCAUUUUGGAAUUUUAAUUUAAUUUAAUUAAUUAAUCAAAAUGCCUGCGAUUGCUUUUGGUAGAGUUGACGACUCUUUCAGUGUCGCCUCCCUCAAAGCUUACGUCGCAGAGUUCAUCUCCACCUUGCUUUUCGUCUUCGCCGGCGUCGGCUCCGCCAUUGCUUACAACAAGUUGACUUCCAAUGCCCCCCUCGAUCCGGCGGGCCUGGUGGCGGUCGCCGUCUGCCACGGCCUGGCGUUAUUCGUAGCGGUGGCGAUCGCAGCCAACAUCUCCGGCGGCCACGUCAACCCCGCCGUCACCUUCGGCCUCGCCGUCGGCGGCCAGAUCACUCUCCUCACCGGCCUCCUCUACUGGAUCGCUCAGCUCCUCGGCUCCAUCGUCGCCUCCUUCUUGCUCAAGCUCGUCACCGGCGGCCUGGCAAUUCCGACGCACGGCUUGGGCGACGGCAUCGGCGCCGUCGAAGGGUUGGUUAUGGAGGUCGUCGUUACCUUCGCCCUGGUGUACACAGUUUACGCCACCGCCGUAGACCCCGGCAAGGGAUCCAUCGGAAUAAUUGCGCCGAUCGCCAUCGGGCUGAUCGUCGGGGCCAACAUCUUGGCCGCCGGUCCAUUCUCCGGCGGGUCGAUGAACCCGGCUCGAUCCUUCGGACCGGCCGUCGUCAGCGGAAACUUCGCCGGCAUUUGGAUUUACUGGGUCGGACCGCUCGUCGGCGGCGCUGUGGCUGGGAUCGUCUACACCUACGUGUACCUGCACCAGGACCAAGCUCCCGUGGCUACUAGCGAGUUCUGAUUGGUCGAAAUUUUACGUGUGAUUUUCUGAUUUUGAUAUUCCUUUUCGUUACAGUUACAGCAUUUGUCUAUGCCUUUGUCGUGUUUCUGUCUAUGUUGAGUUUGUUUUUUAUUUUAAAUAUUUUGUGAAAAAUUGUAAUUAAGUUGUGGAAUUUGAGAGCCAAGUUAUAUAUAUUAAGUGA